GAAGAAGAAGCAGACGAAGAAGAAAAAGAACCGGUGCUACGGAAGUAGCAUGUGAGCUGAGUCCUCUUCAUGUGUUGAAGCUUUUUAAAACAACGUGUUGAACUCGUGUCUGUUUCAAGACGAUGACAAAACCGAAAGCAGAUCCAACUAUGCCGCUCCAGUUUGUUUAUACCGACCAGGACUUUGUCACAGAUGUGCACCGAAGCAGUGAAAAGGGUCCGUCACCGACAGCCCAGUUUGACGCUGUCGUCCGAGCCGGCUGGAGCGACAGGAUGGCGAGGGGACUUUUCCGCUACAAUCUGGGUGAUUUGCAAACUCGCAUCAUGCCGGGGUCACACGGCUACGUGGCCCAGUUGAAUAUUCAAAGAGGAACAGAGAAAAGAAAGCCUCAGGAGAUACUGAGCAUUAAACAGGAGUUCAACGCCAAACAGUUUAACUUUAACAAAAUCAAUCCAGAGGAAGUUAUAUUUGAGAUGAUAAAGGACACGGAGGGAGGCCCAGCCUUGCCUCAGCAGAGCAGGAUGGUCGUGCUGGUCAACGUCAGUCCACUGGAGUUUGGACAUUGUCUCUUCGUUCCAGAACCGUCGUGCUGUUUACCGCAGGUUCUGACGAGGAUCACCAUCCAGGGCGGCAUUGAAUCUGUGCUCCUGAGUGCCGACACUGGCUUUCGCGUGGGUUUCAACAGUCUGGGCGGAUUUGCGUCAGUCAACCAUUUACACCUACAUGGCUAUUACAUGGACCAUGAGAUGAAGAUAGAAUCCAUGCUGCUCAAGCCGUUGGUUCCCGACAAAGGUUUUUAUCGCUUGUUGGACUUUCCCGCAGGUUUUGUGUUUUACGCUGAAUCACAGGAUGUGGAGAAAGUUGCCAGUGCAAUUUGUGAAGUGACAGACUUUCUUGUAGAUGGAAAUAUUGCCCACAACUUGUUUUUGACCAGAGGAUGUCCUCCCUGUGAUCGGAUACAGGACAAAACAAAUGUCUGUCUGAGAAAAGGUGUUCGUAUCGCUGUGUGGCCCCGAAUGUCCUGCUUCGGUGCCAAAGAGGAUUCUGCGUUCAAUGUUGCUCUGUGUGAGCUGGCUGGACAUUUACCGUUCAAGAACAAGAAGGACUAUGAGCUCAGCACUGAGAAAGAUGUGAUGGGUAUCAUCGAGCGGUAUCUCCUGCCUGACAGAGAGUUUCACAGCUUGGAACAGCAGCUUCUUCGUCUUUUAACGGAUUCUUAAUGAGGGGAGAACUUGUGUGAGCUGCAAACAGUUGAAAUAGAUCCUUUUAUACGUUUCAAAAUGUAUUUAAUUUAUUUAUUACAUUUUUAAAUGUGUAUGCUUUUCCUCUAAGGGAAGUUUUUUUAGUGAAACUUGUAUUAAAAACAUUUGACAACCCAAACCACUGUAUAUAAAACAGAAGCUUGUUAUUGAAUUUUUGUUUGCUUUUGUUCUCAGUUAUGAUUGUGAAAACAAGCCCUUUUUCACAACUUAGAUUUUGGUAUGGUCAGGUAUAACAGCACAGUUAAUGGAUUUAGCAUUCUGCCGUGAAGAUUCUUCAAUGCAUUGACUAUUGAUAAAUAAAACGAGGGAACAGGGAAUGUUGUUUUUGACAUUGAUCUAGUGACCAAAAUAACUCUGUAUUAUCAUCCUAAUCCUUUUGCCAAUAUCCCCCUUUUGAGAAUUUCUAAAUUAUAAUACUGAUAAUAUAAGAUUUAGCUGUUUUGGGUCCAGGGUGGAGGCUCACUGUCACACUUUCACUGCUGAUAAUGACACGUGACACUUUUACUACUACUACAAGUCAAAGUGACCACUGUGAACGCUGUUCAUUGGUCACUAUAUAUUUUCACUAUAUGUGUAACACCAUCUCACUUUACGUUAGUCACGCCUCUUCCACCCUGAUACUCGUACAACACAAUUGUACAUAGAAUAUACAAAUACAGCACAUACAAUAGUCUUGCCUGACAGUGGUAGUCUGAUAGAGCUGGAUCAGUGGGACACGUUCUCCCUGAAGAGCACAUCAUCUGCCAGAAUCACAUCACCAAGGUGACAAGCAGUGAGAUCAAUGAGCACAGAUGCGUGGCCACUCAUUACAGAACUGGUGAGAACAGAACCAGCGCCUUGAUCUAUGUGUCCAGCAGCUGAUGUGCUCAUUUGCCAAUUUUCAUUUGAGAUAAUGAUAUCAUGAGACAUUUUACUUUAGCAGCCAAUGUGAAUGGAUUUGUUAUGUCAUUAAAACCUUUCAUGGAAUUGAAGAGGCAUUUCUUUAUGUAAUGAGCAUGUAAUGAUUACAUGUAAGUAUAACGAACACAUGCACAAACACACAUUUAUAUAUGAGUUUAUUUAGCCGGAUAGG